UCAAGUGUUAUAAGCUGGCCAGUACUUUCAGUGGGCGAUGUAAAGGUUCACAACCUCUCCCGAGAGCUUUGUGUCUAUCCCGUGUAAGAACGUGUGUAAUUACCGUGUUGUCUACGGGGCCGCUCUUGGACUAUCCCUCUUCUACAAUCGGCCGUGACGUCCGAAUACGCCAGCGCGCGUGAGAGAGAUUCUAAGAAGGGUGUGGAUGAAUAUCGAACGUGUUUCGCACGCGCGUACAACAUGUUUGAAGAAGGUCGGCGGUUUUUCGAUGGGAAAAGUCGCAACAUAGCAGCAGCGCGACAGCACUCACCCGUGAGGCGAUCUCGUCUGCUGUUAGUUGAAUCGGGACAGAGAGAGGCACGAUUGUGUCGCGCGGGACCACCAACGAUACGUACAGUCUAUUUUUCGGAACCUGGAGCCGCGCGCAGAGAAGGUCCAUGUCGACAAGCGAACGUCUCUCCCAGCUGGCCGCUCUGCGUAGGUGACAGCAUCGUCGUGCACGUCGGCGACCCGCACGCCGCCGACCUACGUCCGGGCGACUUCUGCAUCUGCAUCAGCCGCGGUUGCCGCGGCAACGCCCGCCUCGCCGUCAAGUACCGCGUCGGCGACGUACUGCAGACGAUCGCCGUGCCCGAGGCGAACUACGCUCACGUGUUCUCGCGCGGCUGGGUCGCCGCGGCGAUGGCGGACUCCGCCGACCGUGGGCUCGCGGCGUCACUGCGGCAGUGUCUCGUCGUCGUCGAGCGAGGCACGGCGAUGCUUGACUGGUCGCUGGUGUGCUGCACGCGCGACGCCUGCCCCACGCACCCUAGCGGCGGUGCAGCAGCAGGCAGGGGCGCCCCCACGAACCUGAGCGGCGGCAGAGCGGCGGGUGGCGUCCCCGCAGAGCCGGAGGUGAAGCUGCGGAACAAGCGCGGAAAGCGCGGCCGCGGCGCGCGCGGACGGAGCUGGCAAGCGCGCGGCGCGGCGGCGGCGGCGGACUGCCAAAGCAGCGGCGCGAUCGACGCGGGGACAAGUGCAAUAGCGUGA